AAUUCGCGCCAUUUCCGACCGACGACGAAGACGACACUUCAACCCAACCCCCGGACGUCAAUUGCUUCCUCUCGAUUCAAAAUGAAGUACUCGCUCGCCCCCUUCAUCCUCCGCCGGCCGUGGCUUGCCCGCUUUUUCAAGCCCGCCGCUACCUGGUACGUCAACACUGCCGGGUACCGCCAGAUGGGCCUCAAAUACGACGAUCUCCUCGAGGAGGAGAACGAGACCGCCCAGGCUGCCCUCAAGCGCCUCUCUAACCGCGAGUCCUACGAGCGCAUCUACCGUAUCCGACGUGCUGUCCAGUGCAGUUACCAGCACAAGCUCCUCCCCAAGGACCAGUGGACUACAUCCGCCGCGGACAAGCCCUACCUCCAGCCUCUUAUGGAGGAGGUCGCCGCCGAGAAGGCUGAGAAGAACGAGCUCGACUCCAUCGCUGUCGUCCGAAAGCACUAAAUUAUUUUUGGCCCUCGGGUUGGGAGGACAGUAGGAAGAAGUUGAAGAGCAGGACGGUGGUUGAAAGAGGGAAUUGCCCGCCUCCUAGAGAAAUGGCGGCCACACCUCAACGGACUAGACAAUUCCCGUGUAUCCUAUGUAGACGUCUAACUUGACUCAUUUGCACAUAUCAUGACCAUUGGAUCGGUUUUGAGUGUAUGUGAAUUCUUAUAUGAAAAGCUAUAUCAUGCAUGCAUGCACAAUUUUUGUAAUGUACAAUAUACCAUCUGCGAACGACUUCGCCAGAAGCCCAUCCCCAAUCAGCUCUUGUGUCGUUCUCGCAGGAAAUCUACCCGAGCAGGCGGGCUACUAAAAAAUAGGGACUUGAAGCAGGACAGACGAAAUCAUUAGUCCACUCUUAAGCCAUUCAUACACUAAGAGUGUUCUAAUAUUUAUGUCAGCCACUAAAUCAGUACCGGUUUUUAUGAAAACCACCUGCCAAGGAAGUUUGCAAUGCAUCUUCAUCAAGACAUCCUUCAUAACUCUUCUUACAUGAGUUCCACACUGGCUGAUCAGCCUCUCUAGGGCGUCAUCUCCCCAGCGCCCCCUUUCCUUUUUUCCGAUUCAUGGGAAAGAAUCCAACCCUCGACGCCAUACGCCGCAGAUACCGGAUCCCGAUUUUCCCUAAUUCGUCACCUCCCAGCAUGCGACUCCGUCUUAAAAUAGUGCUUUUUCCCCAUCCAAAUAUGGCCGUUAAGCUCGUGUUCAAUCGUGUCGCCUUCUCCAUGACCUGUAUUUGGGCAUGGGGGCUAUCAGUGACAGUAAGUAAUACAUAGUUUCGAGACAAGUUGCUCGAGAACCCUUUAUACUCGUUGGUAGAAGAGCAGGUAGGCAACCUUGUUGUCCUUGAUGUUAUCCUUGAUCGGCUUGGCGGCCUUGGGAGUGCCGUUGGUACCGUUGGCAACGCUGCUCCAUUUCUUUGCUCCUCCAGCAGGGCUAGUGACCUUGCUCCAUCCGUCAUCAUCUCCAGCGUCUUCGUCCAGAACAGCACCGAACCGGUUGCCCAAUGAAGAGCCAUCCUUACGAGUAUUCUUUACUUCCUCCUCUUCGCCGCCCUCAGCGACAUCUUCACUUCGAACUCGGCGGAUGGAAGUAUCAUCAAUACGAAUCCACUCGCGCCCUUCCUGUCGUCGCACAUCGACAGUGUAAUGUCCACCACUAGCGUUCUUACCAUGAUGGUACACCACGCUAAUCAACUUGUACUUGGGCAUUCCCUCUUCACCUAAAGUCUGGCGUUUCUGCCGAGACAAGGCUUCGCGGGGAAUCUCAAGCUCCAACGGAUAACCGAUCUUCUUCCAAAUCUUGACAGUUCCGUUACCCUCUGCGUCGAACUGGAAGCGCUUGAGGUGUAGGAUGAGGACGGGAGGAAGCGACUCAAUGAAAACCUGCUUGGUAGCCGUGACCUCCUUGCCACGAGGAGAGUUGAAAUCUCCCUGAAGACGCUCAGGUCGAGUAAGACCUCGGAGCGCAUCAACAACAUUGCGCACAUCAGAGGAUCCGAUGUCUAGCUGAAGGGGCUGAUAAGGCUCAGUAGUGAUGGAGUCCUUCAAACCAGGGACACGGAACUCAGAUCGCAACAAACCACCAAAAAUUCUGGAAAUAGGGCUGGAUGAGUUAGAUCCGGAGGACCGAGAAACAGC